AUAAUGUUGACAACGAGACUAUAUGUCCGAGAGUGAGGAGCGAUAUUUUGCUGUUUUAUGGCGUCGACAUUUCUGCAGUCUUAAUUGAUCUAAUAACGCUAAUUUUUGUUUCUCCCCACAUUAGCAAUAUUUGAGUGGAAUCGAAAUGAAGCCUGCGAUAUUAUGUAUUUGCCUUCUUCAAUUUGCAGCUGUCAACUGUAGGCUUACAGCGCGUGACAAGACACAUCUUGUUAAAAUUAAAAGGACCGACAAUAAUUUGUCAUCAAAUUAUUUUACGGUCAAGGAAAUAGAGCUGUGGAACCAAGCGAAACCCAGAAGGUUGUUUGCCAGAAGAGGAAUCCAGGAACACCAGAGAUUGCAUGUGACGGUGAAGCCUGCCCCCCCAACCCCUCAUUGUUCCAAGGUGAUGGAGAGCUGUAUUCCCCACUCUCGCUGCUGUGAUCCCUGUGCCUCCUGUCACUGUCGCUUCUUCAAUUCCAUCUGCUACUGCUGGAAACUGGGAUGCCACUGCCAGAAGAAAUCUUAAACAUACUGACACACACACACACACAAAACAUUCCACUGUACUGCUGGACACUGGGCUGUCAUACCUGAAGAUCUGAAGACAUACGUUUACAUACACACCACGGGACACACAAUCACUUAUCCUCUAGUGCUGCCUGGAAGUAGCCCACCUACCUCCCUUUCAACACCUGUACCACCUUAUACACUCAUCGUGUGCUACAAUAUUAUACAAUAUUUGUAGACUACAUUAUGUUUACAUGUAUUUACUGUAUAUGUCAACACUAUCUACAUGUAAAGUCAGAUAUUUGUGGGGUAUAAUAUAAUUAGGAUAUACCUGACUGUGAAACUGCAAUUAAGCUUGUUUGGACUGCCCAAAUGUCUUAAUAAGCAGUAGUUUUUUACAAGGGCUAAGGAUAUACUUUGCAUGUAUUUUCUCUCCAUUGUGUAAUUGGUUUGAAUUGGUUUUUACUGUCGGUUUGAGAGCAGACAAAAACCCACAAGUGGAAUAAUGGUGGCAUAGUUUUACAUUAUGUAUGCUAAUGAAUGGCAAUACACAUUUUAUAUUCAUGAUAUGCCAAAAUUACUCAACAUUUAUUGAGGUAGCUGUAAAGACAUAAUGCAUUAUGUUGCAGGCUUCAAGCAAAUAUUUGCAGAAAAUAGCACGUGUUACGUUGAUGUUAGGUGACUUAGUGGCAAGCUCCACUAGCCUUACUAGUGAGAAACUAGCAAAUGUAGGAUGGCCUGAGUGCCAGUCUGUUUUUGCUAUCAUGCCAACUCCUUGUCAUUCUGUGCGUUUGGCUUGACAAGGACAGCAAUAGAGUUGGAUGGAGAGCUAAAAAAUAUCUAGGUUAAGAGUGAUACAGUAGUUUGCUUCUGGUAGCGCCAAUGUUGCAGACUAUUUUACCUCUUCUUUUCAAUAAAAGGACUGCUUGUCAGCACAAACUUUACCCAAUACAAACCAAUACUGCCUUACAAAGGCAAAACACAGUAACUACACUUUUGAUCAAAAUUGAGUUAAGACUGAAAUCAGGCUUUGUAGUAUCUGUUUUAUCUUGUGACAAAGUUUUCUGGUUCAAUUAUGUUCCGUUUCAGAGAAAGUGGUGUGUGAAAUUUUGCAUUAACUGCAGACAGAAUACAAGUAAAACCAAGGGAAAACCUGGUGAUCUGAAAAUAAUAUUUGAGUUCCGGAAAAUCGUUGGCAAUAGAGAGAAGUGGAAGGAACUGGUACCACCGUGUUUUGACAACAGUUACCCGCUCUGCCAUACGAAGCCAAAGAGCAGUAACUACAAAAACAGUGAAACUGAGAAAAAUGGCUUUAAAGUUGAUUUUCUUUCCAGACAAGUAUGUUGUGGGUAGAUAAGUGAAGUAUUAUUUUUUUACGCAUAUCAAACAUGACCACUGAUUUAACCUAUGGACCUUAUGUCAAAUAUAUUACCAUACAGCGUCAAACAGGAAAAACAAACAAGAAAGUUGGAUAAACACAUUUAGAUUGUAUAUACUGCACGAAGUCAAAACAUUUUUUAAGUAUAAACAUUCUGCGUGGUGAAGUAGUCCUAACCUUAUGGUGAAAAAAUGCUUGAGGGUUGCUACGAUACAACAUUCAAAAGAUGAAAACAUAACUACAUAACACCCUUAAAUACAGUUGGAAUGUAGUUAGAAUUAUCGAACUGCAGAACUAUCAAACUGUUUCCAUCAAACAUAAAAACAAGAUAGUUGGAUGAAAACGUUUAGAUUGUAGAUGCUGCACUUUGCCUUUGCAUUACCCAUAUAGUUGUUUAAAGUCAUACAAAGGCAGAGAGUAGUAUCUGCAUAGGUCAAAUCAGUGGUCAUGGUUGAUAUGCAUAAAAAUGACUUCAUUUGGCUGGUUAUCCCAAAAACUUUAAAGCCAUUUUUCUCAGUUUCACUGUUUCCAUAGUUAAUGCGUUUUGCCUUUGUAGGGCAGAAUACAUCUGUACUCUUUUGGCUCAUAUUGACCCCACACUCGUACAAUCCACUUGAUGAUAAUCAAUGUCCCGUUGCCAUUAAAGGAAUGGUGUGUUAAACAGGUACUUUUUAUAAAAACAGAAUCUUACUGUUGUAAAAGUAAGCGAGAUCUUACUAUUUUUGAUAACCAAACACUGAAUGAAUGUUUUUAACCAAGCUGCCUGGUCUAAAUAAAGCUCUAUAAUAA